AUGGGGCGAGGGCUUCUAUGUCACACUACCAUGGCCACUCAAGGAAACAAAUGGGCGAUUGUUAUGUCUCGUGGAAUCGAACUUUCGGAUCAAGUUGUAGAGCUAGACUUUCUUUAUCCGAGUGAAGGUGUUCAUAAAAGAUUGGAUGCUGGCUACUUUAUCACUUCAGUUGCAGCGACACAGGAUCAAGUUGCCGUUGUUCUUAGUUUUCCCAAACAAAAGCCUUCCAAUACUACACAGGAGACACAUCGGACACCUUCCUUUCCAUGUGAACUUAUCAAGGAAAACAGGACCAAGAAUCUUUAUAUCACAUCUUUGUGCUAUGGAAGAAGCAUAGUGUGA